CAAAACUGAGUGGGGGGGCCUCAGGGAGUCCCCUCGCCGGGAUCUUGGCGGCCUGAUGGAGUAGGAGGGGUCGGCUGUGAGUGUGUGACGUUGAGUGCUUCAGAUCUGGUCACUAUGGUACGAGAACGAAAAUGCAUAUUGUGCCACAUUGUGUACACCUCAAAAAAGGAGAUGGACGAACACAUGCGGAGCAUGUUGCAUCACAGGGAGCUUGAGAACCUGAAGGGCAGGGACAGUAGUCAUGAGUGCCGAGUGUGCGGGGUCACAGAAGUGGGUCUUUCUGCAUAUGCAAAGCACAUUUCUAGCCAGUUGCACAAGGAUAACGUUGAUGCCCAGGAGAGAGAAGAUGAUGGAAAGGGAGAAGAAGAGGAAGAAGAUUAUUUUGACAAGGAACUCGUUCAGUUAAUAAAACAAAGGAAAGAACAAAGUCGACAAGAUGAACCUUCCAACAGCAGCCAAGAAAUAAACUCUGAUGACAGGCGACCCCAAUGGAGACGAGAAGACCGAAUCCCUUACCAAGACAGAGAGAGCUACAGUCAGCCAACAUGGCACCAUCGCGGACCUCCUCAGCGAGACUGGAAGUGGGAGAAAGAUGGCUUUAAUAAUAGUAGGAAAAACAACUUUCCACAUUCUUUGAGGAAUAAUGGUGGACCAAGAGGAUGUUCCGGGUGGCAUAAGGGUGUUGCAGGAGGCUCCGCGACUUGGUUUCACAACCAUAGUAAUUCUGGAGGUGGUUGGCAUGCAAAUAGUGGAACAGUAGAUUGGAAUCAUAGUGGUACAGGAAGGAAUUCCAGUUGGCAUUCUGAAGGAACAGGUGGCUUUUCCAGUUGGCAUAUGAACAGCAGUAACGGAAACUGGAAAUCCAGUGUACGUAGUACAAAUAGUUGGAAUUACAGUGGCCCCGGAGACAAAUUUCAGCCAGGCAGAAACAGAAACUCUAACUGUCAGAUGGAAGACUUACCUAUGCUGUGGAAUAAGAAAUCUAAGUCUAACAAAUACAGUCAGGAUAGAUACAGUUGGCAGCGGCAAGAAAGCGACAAAGUUGGUGCGGCUGCCACAUACAGAGGGCCUUCUGAAGGAUUUACAAGCGAUACAUUUCCUUCAGAAGGCUUACUUGACUUCAAUUUUGAGCAGCUAGAAAGCAAAACUACUAAACAAACAGAUACCAUAGCUUCCAAAACUGGUGGGAAGAACAGCAGUGUAGCAAGGGAAAAGCUCCGCCGCUGGACUCCUUACCCUUCCCAGAAGACUCUGGAUUUACAAUCUGCAAUGAAAGAAGGCGCUGGAAACAAGGCAGAAAUGAUAGAUAAGCCUUUCUUUGGCUUUAGCUUGACAACCACAGGAGCAGCAGAGCCCCAGAAUGAUGGAAAAAGUAACUCCCCGACGCUGAAAACACAAAAAGAAACACAUACUGGAUUGCUUAGUCACAAAGCCCCUUCUGACUGCUCUGCUCCCUAUGAGGCGGUGAGAGAUUGCCCCGUCACAGAGAAACACGAACAAGAGCUUAACUUAAGUAAGAUGCCCUCAUUGAAAUCUGCACUCCUUCCAAUUCCAGUCACUAAAUCAGUUCCCCAGAACCCAGAUUUAAAGAAUCCCUCAAAAAACACCAAAACAAAUUCUUUUUUUCCUGGAGAACACUCAAAUCCCUUGAACAAACCCACUGUGGCAGACAGUCAUGGGUCUUACAUAACCAAAUUGCAAAGUGCAUGUCCUCGUGUUUUAAAAGGGAAUAAAAGUACAUUUGGCACUCAGGUGGAACCUGAUAAAAAUGUAAGUGAUACAUUACAAAAAGCCAAAGAGGUGCUACAGUGUCAUGAAUCACUGCAAAAUCCACUCCUUAGCACUUCUAAAAGGACCAGGAACUAUGCAAAAGCAAGUAGGAAUGUAGAAGAGUCUGAAAAAGGAUCUUUGAAGAUAGAGUUCCAGGUACGCACAUUAGAAGAUGAAAGUGAUGGGGAGCUAUCUGACACAGAAAAGCAUGGAACAAAAAUUGGAGCCCUGGGUUCUGCACCUACAGAAAUUUUAUCCUGUAGCACUCACAUCACUGAUGAGAAAGACGGGGAUGAGCAAAACCUGAAAACAUGUAGAAAACUAUCCACUAACGCAUGUAAUUCAACAGUUCAUCAGAAAGAACCUGAGUUACAAAUGACGUCUGCAGCCAGUCCACACUCUGGCUUACUGCUAGACUUGAAAACUUCUCUAGAAGAUGCACAGGUUGAUGACCCUGUUAAAUCUCAUGUGUCUUACGCAACAGAAGGUUUCGAGAGUGCUAGCUUGGAUGCAGAGCUUCAAAAAAACGAUAUCGGUCCGUCCUCAGGCCCUCUUCUGCCUGACCUCAGUAAGCUUGGCUUUCCUGCCUCUCUCCAGAGAGAUCUAACCAGGCACAUCAGUUUAAAGAGCAAAACUGGAGUACACCUUCCUGAGCCAAACCUCAAUAGUGCUCGCCGCAUACGCAAUAUCAGUGGUCAUCGAAAGGGUGAGACGGAGAAGGAGUCUGGGCUCAAGCCAACCCUUCGGCAGAUUCUAAAUGCAUCUCGGAGAAAUGUCAACUGGGAACAGGUCAUCCAGCAAGUAACCAAGAAAAAGCAAGAGCUAGGCAAAGGCUUGCCCAGGUUUGGCAUAGAAAUGGUGCCUCUAGUUCAAAAUGAACAAGAGGUCUUGGAUUUGGAUGAGGAGCCUGAUCUGUCUAGUCUCGAAGGAUUCCAUUGGGAAGGUGUUUCCCUUUCUCCUGGGUUGGCAAGGAAGCGAAGCCUUUCUGAGAGCAGUGUGAUCAUGGACAGGGCUCCUUCUGUGUAUAGCUUCUUCAGUGAGGAAGGUACAGGCAAAGAAAAUGAACCCCAGCAGAUGUUUUCACCUAGUAACGCACUGAGGGCUGCACAGAGUCAGACAACAACCAUGGGCCUUAAGCAGGAAGUGACCCCUCUGGCUCUCUCCCUAAGAACAGGUGAAAGGGCUGAAAAUGUUGCUACUCAAAGGCGACAUAGUGUGCAAUUAUCCUCUGACCGUUCGAUACCUUUGAUGCAUUUGGCAAAAGACCUGAACAGCCAGGAGAGUUCUACGCCACCUUCAGAGAAUCAGAAUACCCAGGAGAGUAAUGGAGAAGGAAACUCUUUAUCAUCAAAUGCAUCCUCAGCCCUUGCAAUCUCCAGUUUGGCAGAUGCAGCCACAGACAGUAGCUGUACUUCUGGUGCCGAACAAAACGACGGCCAGAGUGUUAGAAAGAAACGAAGAGCUACUGGAGAUGGAUCUUCUCCUGAACUCCCAAGUCUUGAGAGAAAAAACAAAAGAAGGAAAAUUAAAGGAAAGAAAGAACGUUCUCAGGUUGACCAGCUGCUGAGUAUUUCUUUAAGGGAGGAAGAACUAAGCAAAUCAUUGCAGUGCAUGGAUAACAACCUUCUGCAAGCCCGUACAGCUCUUCAGACAGCUUAUGUUGAAGUUCAGAGGCUACUUAUGCUCAAGCAGCAGAUAACUAUGGAGAUGAGUGCACUGCGGACCCAUAGAAUACAGAUUCUGCAGGGAUUACAAGAAACAUAUGAACCUUCUGAGCGCCCUGACCAGGUUCCUUAUAGCCUUUCACGAGAACAAAGGAACAGUAGAUCUCAAACAUCUGCUGAUGCCACGCUGCUGCCUACUCCCUUUUUCCCAGUAUUUCUGGAGCCUCCAUCUUCCCAUGUGUCUCCAUCAUCCACCGGAGUCCCUCUCCAAGUAACCACAUCUCCUACUUUCCAAGCCCAUGGCAGUGUUCCUGCUCCAGACUCCUCAGUUCAGAUUAAACAAGAACCCAUGUCUCCUGAGCAAGACGAGAAUGUGAACGCUGUGUCACAAGGCUCUGCUGGCAAUGUGUCCAAGGAAUUACCGCAAGUUAAUAGAGAGAACAGUGACAGUUAUCCAGUUUAUCCAGUCAUCCCUGCAGCAUUAUCUUUAUCAGAGCUAACAGAAAGUUUCCAUGAGCCUAGCCAAGAACUGAAGUUUUCCACGGAACAAGGAAAUACCAGAAACAGAGAUAAUACUGCCUCUUCCCAACUAACUGGUCUUCCAAGCCUGAAUAAAGAAGAUGAGCCAAUCAAAGGCAACAGUGGGUCUGAGGCCUGUACCAGUUCUUUCCCAAGAUUGUCCUUUGCUUCCGAAACCCCCUUAGAGAAAGAGCCCCACUCUCCAGCUGACCAGCCCGAGCAGCAGGCAGAGUCUACUCUGACAUCAGCUGAAACUCGGGGAAACAAGAAAAAGAAGAAACUCAGGAAGAAGAAAACUCUUCGGGCUGCUCAUGUUCCUGAGAACAGUGACACCGAACAGGAUGUAUUUACUGCUAAACCUGUAAGGAAAGUAAAGACUGGAAAGUCAACCAAAGGGGGGAAAGUAACGACCUCCACCUGGGAAGACAGCAGGACUGGCCCAGAACAAGAGAGUGUCAGAGAUGAGCCAGAGAGUGACUCAUCUCUGGAAGUCCUAGAAAUUCCUAAUCCGCAGUUGGAAGUGGUGGCCAUUGAUUCUUCUGAAUCCGGAGAAGAGAAACCAGACAGUCCAUCUAAAAAGGAUAUUUGGAACUCCACAGAGCAAAAUUCAUUAGAAACUUCUCGUUCUGGUUGUGAUGAAGUUAGCUCUACCAGUGAGAUUGGCACUCGUUAUAAAGAUGGUAUCCCUGUAAGUGUGGCAGAAACUCAGACUGUGAUCUCCUCCAUAAAAGGAUCAAAGAACUCUUCAGAAAUAUCUUCAGAGCCAGGAGAUGAUGAUGAGCCCACAGAAGGGAGCUUUGAGGGGCACCAAGCCGCAGUGAAUGCAAUUCAGAUAUUUGGGAACUUACUGUACACCUGUUCAGCAGAUAAAACUGUUCGAGUUUAUAAUCUGGUGAGUCGGAAGUGCAUUGGGGUCUUUGAGGGGCAUGCCUCCAAAGUGAACUGCCUCCUGGUUACCCAAACCUCUGGCAAGAAUGCUGCCCUUUACACUGGUUCCAGUGACCACACCAUUCGCUGCUAUAAUGUGAAGACGCGAGAGUGUGUGGAGCAGCUACAGCUGGAAGACCGGGUCCUCUGCCUCCAUAGUAGAUGGCGAACCCUCUAUGCAGGACUGGCAAAUGGCACCGUGGUCACCUUUAACAUAAAGAACAAUAAACGACUUGAAAUCUUUGAAUGCCAUGGCCCUCGGGCUGUCAGCUGUCUUGCCACAGCUCAGGAAGGUGCCCGAAAGCUGCUUGUUGUUGGAUCUUAUGACUGUACCAUUAGUGUCCGUGAUGCACGGAAUGGACUCCUUCUCAGGACCCUAGAGGGCCACAGCAAAACCAUUCUUUGCAUGAAGGUGGUGAAUGACCUUGUGUUCAGUGGCUCCAGCGAUCAGUCAGUCCACGCGCACAACAUUCAUACUGGUGAGCUUGUGCGGAUCUAUAAAGGUCACAAUCAUGCAGUGACUGUGGUGAAUAUCCUAGGGAAAGUGAUGGUGACUGCUUGCCUGGAUAAAUUUGUUCGUGUCUAUGAAUUACAGUCCCAUGAUCGAUUGCAAGUUUAUGGAGGACACAAAGACAUGAUUAUGUGUAUGACCAUCCAUAAAAGUAUGAUUUACACUGGCUGUUAUGAUGGCAGUAUUCAAGCUGUAAGGCUGAAUCUGAUGCAGAAUUACCGCUGUUGGUGGCAUGGUUGCUCUCUGAUAUUUGGCGUUGUGGAUCAUUUAAAACAACAUUUGCUCACUGACCAUACGAAUCCAAACUUUCAAACUCUGAAAUGUCGCUGGAAGAACUGUGAUGCCUUUUUCACCGCUAGGAAAGGGUCUAAACAGGAUGCUGCAGGACACAUUGAACGACAUGCUGAGGAUGACAGCAAAAUUGAUUCAUGA